AUGGACGAUUGGGCAACAAGCUCUCCUUGGGCUGAAACUACAAACGAUGACGACGACUUCGCCGAUUUUCAAUCGUCGGUACCUGCAAUAUCCAAGGGCCAGAAAGGGGUGACGACGAAUGGAGGCGAAGUCGGCUUGGGGGGUGGGGUUGUCAAUGGAUUCACCCCUUUUAAAGAGAAUAAGGAGACUUUCACCAAUGGUUGGGGGUUUGACGACCAUGAUGCCUCACAUACGCAGCAUGCGGAUAUACGCGGCGGCGAUGGGUGGAAAGUGGAGGGAACGGGUUCUGGGGCGAAUGGGAACGGGAACGGGAACGGAAUUGCAGUGAUCCAUCCGCCAGACCACGAUGAGGACAGACUAAAGCCUGGCGGGGCCAAUUGGACGUACAAGAACGAAUGGGCAAAAUCGGAGGAAAGCCUGGCCCCUUCAGAUGCUUCGAAUGUUUGGAACAAGCCGGACGACUGGGGGAAGCCUGAGACGAACCCGCCGGAAUCAGAAGAGCACAAGAUUCCAGAAGAAAAUAAUGCGGAAACCUUUAAUAUCGAGGCCCAGCCUGCUCCAGGUACUGGUCCAGGCACUGGUCCCCCUUCACCGACUGCGCGUGCUACGGAACCAACGGAAGAACCAACGGAAGAGCCAAUGGAGAAACCAACGGAAGUACCCGCGGAAGCACAAACCGACGGGGCCACGCGCGAAGGUCAAGUUGACCUGGAUACACAAGGGACGGAAAAACUAUCCCCUCCUGUACCUGUGGAACCGGAAAAACUAAGUCUGACGGUACCUGAAACGGUACCCUCUCGAUCUACUUCGCCGAUAUCGAUGGGAUCCGACUUUGGGGAUUUUGAAGCCGAAGACACGACAACAUCCAUUGACGUGGAAGCCCCAGUAUCUAGUGUACUAGUGCUGGCACCAUUCGAUAUAAGAAAUAUCGACAUUGAUAACUUCGCCAUUGGAAAUCUUGGCGCACUAGACGCUCUUUACAAACCCAAUUCCCUCAAGCUUCCUACCUCUGAUAUCUCGGGAAUAAUUUCCACGACGUCGCAGCGGAAGACGUGGUACAAGCUCAUCAGAAAGGAGUCAGCUCGUAAUAGCAUCCAAGGCGAAGAUGUACUAAGGGUUAGGUGGACUGGGUCCGAAACCCAGAAAAAAGUCCACGAGAUUGUCAAACGGUGGAUAUCCGAAGACCGCAUAGGCGGAAGGACAAUGUUGGGAAGAAACGCAAGCGGCGCCGGAAUGUUCGAUUGGAAUUCUACUUCACCGCGUUCUAGUGCGAUGAGCCCUACUAAGCCGGGCUUUCAGCCUCCUAAAUCUCGUUUUGAGCCGGCGAAGCGGAUGUCAAUGGGUGUUACUUCACCUACCUCGCCUCGGUCACCAAGUUUUGGUUGGAGCUCUGCGCAGAGCCCUCAGAAUCAGACUUUCGGUUGGUCAAGCGGGAGCCCUUCGACGAAUUCGAAGGCAUCUGCUGCUUCCCCAAAGCUAGCGAGCCCUCCUGGAGUCAGUAGUCCGGUUGGCAAUUCACCAUUUCCGCCUAUAUCAUCUCCGAGACAAACUACAGCUCCGAAGCAUACAGCAAGUAGUUCCGUGGACAUCCCACGUCCCAAACAGACUCCAUCAACGAACAGGCCAAUGUCUAUGUUCAUUGAGCCUGGCCCAAAGAGUUUAUUUGGGGAGCUGUCGAUUGCUGAAAUGAGAGCACCGCCAGCUCGUGCUUCUGUAUCACUAAAGGCCGCCCAUACAGAUCCGCCGAGUAUGGAUCUAUCAGUUUUCGAGAGUUCGCCACCUAAGCCAACAGAAGCUCCAGCUGACACUUCAUUUGACGAUGACUUUGGCGAUUUCGAAGGCCCAGAAUUGCAAGCUGCUCCUCCACCCCCACGAGCAGCCCCCCAAUUGAUUCAUACGGCCCCCUCAUAUGUUCAGGCUGCGCCACAAAUCCCACAAGCUGCACCACCCACAUUCGCAGCUCCUGAGUCAACGAUACUUUCUAAUCCAACAUCGCAACCUCAUCAUGUUUCGGCACCAGCGCAGCCUAUUAACAUAAUUUCUGAACCACCCGUUCGAAGUUCUUUAGACAUUGCGACGAAGUCGAAUGAAUUCGACCUGAUAAUGGCUAAAACCUCUAAGGCAACGACCCCGGCUGCUCCGAUAGUUUUGGCGCAACAAGCUGCUACUGAUCCAUGGGGUUCAUUUGAUAUAUUUGAUGCUCCUAAGCAGGCUCAGGCAGCGCCCCAACCAGCUCCUCCUAGGACCCCAAAAACCCCUAUGGGCCGCCCUUCUCUUCCACCGUUGUCGAGCAAGUCUAGUGGGAAAGUUCCAGUGAAACAACCUGCGCUUCCAAUUCUCUCGCCGCCUAUCAUCACGCGCACAAAUAAUGAAUCAGCUAUCGCAGACGAUGAUUUUGACGAUUGGGGUGAGAUGGUAUCAACUCCGUCUACUGAUAAAAAGGCGGUGGAAUGGCCAACAUCAGAGACGCCAAAGCUUUCCGUCUCCGCUGAGCCGCCACCAACUGUUCGCCGUCGGUCAUGGACAUUAGAUAUGUUUGGGGCCCCAUCCGAAGAGAAUAUUACGAGUGCCAACCCCCAAGAUAUUCUACCAACUCCGAAACCGCCACCGACAAAACGGAUUCCUUCCCCUAUAUCUAUCCAAAAAAUCAAUAAUAUGCCAAUAAUACCUGGGACUCCUUCCCCGGGUGCUGCUUCCCUCUUUUCGCCAAAUACCCUUGUUCCGAGCCGGGUUUCAACUCCAACUAUAGCUACACACCCGCCGGCGGUUAAGGACUCGCCAGAGGUGGCGUACCAAAACUCUUCAAUGGCUCGGAACGGGUCGAUUUCUUCUAUAAGCUCUAUGAACUCCCUAAGCGUAAAGAAAGAUGAGACGGCGAACAAACGGUAUUCGACACCGAUAUUUCCAACGCAGCAGUUUGUUCAACCUGCUCCUCCAAGGCCAACCGCCUCACCACAGCCAAACAUAUCAUCCCCGCUAGCAUCCGAAUGGGGAGACAUGGAUUUUGGGGCUUUUGAAGAUGCUACUCCUAAAGCUGCUGAGACGAAGCCGCCUUCCGUAAAGGGGCUUGGUGUCAAGGGAAUGGGCCAUAGACCUACCGCCUCCAUGGGAAAUAUAGGAGCCCAGUUACCGCCGACUGGAACAUCGAAACAUGUGUCGAGGGGAAGUGUGACUAUGUCGCCUAUCGUUGGGAAGAAAGACGAAGAUUCCGUGUUCAAUGAAAUCAUCAAUUUAUUACCCGAUAUGAGUUAUAUGUUGAAAUGA